AUGCGCGGCCUCAAGUACCUGCUGCUGGCCAGCGGUGGUGUAGGCCUCUGCGCCGCCCGCCAUGCUUUCAGCAUCCACGAAGACAUGCUUUCGCAUCCACAGUUUGAGAUAGUCUUCUCCGAAACCUUUAUCCGCGAAUCCGAUGCCCUCGCCCUGAUAGAAAGUGCUGGCAAAAACCCCCAACAAGCUCACGCGACCACACAAUCCUCGUCCUUCACCUCUACCGACACAUCAAAAACCACCACACCACCGACUAAUCACAACGAUGGCGAUGACGACCAGCCUGUACUCUCGGAAACCUAUGAGGUCAUCAAUGUCCCGCCGGCCCGCUACUUCUGCGCCAUCCCCGUUCUUGCGCCCCUACCCGCCCUGAACCAGACGGCCAUCGAUCUUGCCAAAGCUGAGGAGCUCCGCGAGAUGACGGAUGCCACUUCCCAUGGCUGGGAGCUGCUUAACAACCUCAACGGCCAAUGCUUAUACUAUACCGCCGGGUACUGGAGCUACAGCUUCUGCUACAACCGCAACGUCGUCCAAUACCACGCCCUCCCGCCUGGGACCAGGAGCGGCCCUCCCGUCCGCGACGAGCGCGAACCGGAGUAUGUUCUCGGCCGAGCCCUCCCGCAGACGGCACAUGGUCAGCAAACAGGCAAGAGCCUGGGCGACAGGGACCAAGGCAAGGAGCAGGCCGUGCUGAAACAAGAUGACAAAGGCGUGUCCAAAAAUGCCGCGCAGCCCAACUCGGAGCUGGUCAUUAAAGGCGACCAGCGCUACCUCGUUCAGCGCCUCGACAGCGGCACGAUCUGCGACCUGACGGGCCGCCCGCGCACCAUCGAGAUCCAAUACCAUUGCGCCCUGGGGACCACGGUCGAUCGCAUCGGCUGGAUCAAGGAGGUGACAACUUGCUCGUACCUGAUGAUGGUGCAGACGCCACGCCUGUGCGAGGACGUCGCCUUCCUCCCGCCCAAGCCGACCCGCGCCCACCCGAUCAGCUGCCGGCAGAUCGUAUCUUCAGAGGACGAGAUCAAGAGCUGGCAGAGCCAGAAGACGCUCGACGCCAGGCUCCGCCUCACUGGGGCCGAGUCCCAGUGGCAACUCGGCGGCCAGCAGCAGCAACAGCACCAACAGGAAGCCAACGGACAACACAAGAAGCACCAAAAGCAGCAACAGCGCUCGUUCACGGGCGUCAACAUUGGCGGCGUCGUCAUCGGCAGCCGCAACGUGCUCGGCCGCCUCGAAGACGGCCAGCCGGUGCCCAACCUGACACCGCCGCGCAAGGCCGGGUCGAUGUUUCAGAAUGGCGCCCGGGCGGGGGCGGCGCAGCCCAUCGUGGAGCUGCUGGCGCUCGCCAAGUCCAAGGCCGAGGGCGGUCAGAUCGAGGUCGUGUCUGACGAGGACCUACUGCAGCUUGAGCUGGACCCCGUCCAGGUGGAGGAGCUGCGCGAGGCCUUGAUCAAGCUGGCGGGCGACAAAGGUUGGAAACUCGAGAUACUGGAGCACCUCAACGACGUGGCCGAGUUCCGGGGUGUGGUCCAGGAUCCGCACAACCCGGACAACGACGUAUACUACAACGGCGGGGAGGCCAAUGCGCCCCCCAUCAUGGACGGGACGGACAGGAAGGCCUACGGGAACACUGCCGAUGAUGAUAGGCGGGCGGUCGGGAACAGGGACAAGGACAAGGGUGGCAAGGCCGCCGGGCCUGGAAGGAAAGCGCAGAAGAAAGAUGAUGACAAGGAGGAUGGUCGGGAUACGACUGAUGCCGGAAGUGAGGAAAGGUUCUUUAAGGAUGAGUUGUGA